UCUAGAGAGAGAGAGAGAGAGAGAGAAAUAUGCGGAAUCACAUCUCUAUCAAUCUUUUCAUCGACUGCUAAAUGAACAGCACAGUUUCGAACCUGGAAAUUUCCAUUUAUAGAUAUAAAGUACUCUGCUUCCCCUUUUCGUGAAAUUCCCCCACCUAUUUAAUUUUUUUUAUUGGAUGAAAAUGGGGAUUGAGCAAAACGGGAGCAGCGGUGGGAAAAGUAGUAAGGUUAGUAAUGUAUCGGGGGGGAAGAACAAGAGGAAGCAGAAGAAAUUCUCUCCGGUUCAGAUACUUUACGAUACUUGCAGAGAUGUUUUCGCUGAUUGUGGCCCUGGCAUUGUUCCAUCUUCUGAUCAAGUCGCUAAACUUUCUGCUGUUUUAGAUCGAAUGACUCAAGCGGACGUUGGCCUACGGCCCAUGCCGUUUUUCAGCAGCGAACGUGCUCCAAUAAUUACGUAUCUGCACCUCCACGAGAGCGACAAAUUUUCAAUUGGAAUCUUCUGCUUGCCUCCGACAAGUGUCAUCCCACUUCAUAACCACCCUGGUAUGACGGUUUUCAGCAAACUUCUCUUUGGAACUAUGCAUAUCAAGUCUUAUGACUGGGCCAAUGAGAAAAUCGGUAGCACAAACGGAGAAGCUAUUGAUCCAAAAGGUAAUCCAGAUGGAUUACGACUAGCCAAACGGAAGGUAAAUUCGGAGUUCACAGCGCCAUGCAAAACUUCGAUUCUGUAUCCAGCAGACGGUGGAAACAUGCACUGCUUCACAGCAAAGACUGCAUGUGCCGUAUUAGAUGUGCUGGGCCCACCAUACUGUGAUCCUGAUGGUCGCCAUUGUCAGUACUACCAUGAAUUCCCGUUUUCCAAAUUUUCAGUGGAGAAUUUGUGUUUGCCGAGUGAAGAGGAGAAAGAGGGGUACUCAUGGCUUCAAGAGAGGGAAUUACCGGAAGAUUUGUCCUUAGUUGGAGUGCCUUACAACGGACCGAAAAUAGUCAAGAAAUGAUUUGAUUUCCGACAACGGAAGAAAAGUUUCUCUUACUGUUAGGUGUACGUUAACAGAAUUUGCCGAUGUAGUACAACAGCCUUUUGUUUUUUUCACCCCUCCCACCCUGUGUGUGGGAAAGGGUUGUUUCUUUCAUGUUUACAAAGUUUGAUGUACAUAUUUGAAACAGAGAACUAAAGAAGAAGAAGAAGAAGAAGAAUGUUUGAGAUGAGAGUUAUUUCAAUGUUUAUGGGCCUACCAUAUCUUUGUUAGUGGGCCGAUUAAGCCCAAAUUCUGUCUCCAUCACAACUAAUUGAAGACAAGCACGCAGGAUUUUUUAUUA